AUGUCUAUACCAAGAUUCCUAAAAGUAACAUAUGGAGCAUAUGAUAAUUACAUUCCAGUCAGUGAAUUAAGCAAAAAAUCAUGGAAUCAGCAAUACUUUUCCCUGGCAUUUCCCAAACCACCAAGGCCAGGAAAAAAACGAAGAUCAUUACCUUCCCAGUUACAGAAUAAUACAGCUCCUGUAAAUGAUGAAGAAAAAUUAGGAGUUCACAGACCACCAUUAUGGAUGCACCGUUCCCUGAUGAGAAUAUCCGAGAGACCAUCGGUUUAUUUAGCUGCCAGGAAGGACCUUAUACCAAAAGCACCUCAUUUUGGCAAGGGAGAGUCUAAAAGAGUGGGCAAACACAAGUCUUUGGCUUCAGAAAAAACAAAGAAAGAAGUAAAACUGAAAAACGAUGGAUUUGAAGCCAAAGAGAAGACAGCGUUAAAGACAGACAAGGAACAAAGUCCCAAACCAGCUACAAAGAAAAUUUCAAGGGAUUCACAAAAGGACACGGGAAGAAUAUCUUCAGAAUCUGAAGGCGAAAAGGCUGGUGUGAAGAAGGGAUCCAAGAAAGUUAAAAAUAAGCCAAAGGGCAAAGACUCGGCCUCAGAAUCUGGAAGUGAAAAGACUGGUUCGAAGAAAGAAGCCAAGGCCACUAAAAAAGGAUCAAAGGAUAAAGAUUCGGCCACAGAAUCUGGAGGUGAAAAAGCUGGUUCGAAGAAAGAAGCCAAGGCCACUAAAAAAGGAUCAAAGGAUAAAGAUUCGGCCACAGAAUCUGGAGGUGAAAAGGCUGGUUCGAAGAAGGAAGCCAAGGCCACUAAAAAAGGAUCAAAGGAUCAAGUUUCAGCCACAGAACCUGGAGGUGAAAAGGCUGGUUCGAAGAAGGAAGCCAAGGCAGAUAAAAAAGAUGCAACGAGUUCACAAGAAACACUUUUAAGUACAGCGGCUGACAAAGAUGGCAAAAACAAAGAAGAAAAACCUGUUAAACAGAUUUCAAAAAGCAAAGAUACAGUUAUAGAUUCUGCAAGUGAAAAGGGAGCUGAAAAGAAAGAGGGCAAGAAGAAGGAAGGGAAAAAGGAGAAGAAAAAGAAAGAUGGAGAAGGAAAAGAGGGUGGUAAGAAAGAGAAGAAAGACAAGAAGGACAAGAAGGACAAGAAGGACAAGAAAGACAAGAAGGACAAGAAGGACAAGAAGGACAAGAAGGACAAGAAAGACAAGAAGGACAAGAAGGAAAAGAAGGACAAGAAGGUGAAGUAG